AUGCGCAGGGGCCUCGGCAGCGAGGCGUUGGUGCGCCGGCACCGCGCAUGGGUGCAGUUGUGGGUCGCGGUCACGGCGCUGGUUACCGGCACCAUCUGGCUCUGGUCCUCUUCCUCUGUUGUCCUCUUCGGCACCCACAAGGUCCAGGAUUUUGUUGUAGAUGAGUUGUGGAGAACUGUAGAUUCAAAUGGUUGGAGAGCAUCUUCUGCACCACGCACCUAUUGGCCUCCCCCACCAACUGAAUCUGGGAGCAAUGGGUAUUUGCGUGUCCGGUGUAAUGGUGGCUUGUCCCAACAACGAAGUGCAAUAUGUAAUGUUGGCGCUCUACCCAUGGAUUCCGGCAUUAGCUUGAAACGCUCAGGUCUCGGCCAAUGGUGGAGAAGACGGAGUACAGGGAUGAGCCGCUCGAGCACGGUUUGA